AUGGGCGGACAGAAUUUCGCAUCGUCCACUUCAUCUCCCUCCAAUCCCAACGACGACCUCAACGACAUCGACGCAUCUUCUUCGACAACACCUCUUCUCAUGGCGUCCGAACGCCCGGCGCCGUACCGAACACACGGCAAAGAUCCCGCACUGGUCGAAAGCGGCGCAUAUGAUGGCUACGGACCAACUGACGGGGUCCUUGACAACGAUGACAACCCAGCCGACGAUGGCCUGCUAACAACGGCCGAGAACCGUGAUUUGAAGCGCGGUCUGCAUCAGCGACACCUGUCGAUGUUAGGCAUUGCCGGUGCAAUAGGUACUGGCCUGUUCCUGGGCUUGGGCGGCGCUGUUCAGACAGCAGGUCCCCUGGGCGCGCUACUGGGCUACGGCACUGUCGGCCUGGUCGUAUGUGCAGUGCAGUUUGCGCUGGGCGAGACGGCGGCGCUGUACCCGGUGACGGGUGCUUUUGUGCGGCACGCCGAAGUGCUGAUAGACCCGGCAUGGGGCUUUGCCGUCGGAUAUCUAUUAGUAUAUGGAAACGCGUUGUCCAUACCAACGGAGAUCACAGCCAUCUGCGUGCUCUUCCAGUUCUGGACAGACAUCACGCCGGCCGUGUGGAUUGUCGUGUUUAUUAUCUUGACCAACAUCGUCGGCUUUGCGCGCAUCCGCGUUUUUGGCGAAGUCGAGUUUUUCUUCGCCUUUUUGAAAGUCGUGUUGGUUGUCUUCCUCAUCAUCCUUGGGUUGGUCGUCGAUCUGGGUGGUGUGCCGGGCACGCCGCGCAUUGGCUUUUAUUACUGGAAGGAUCCUGGCCCAUUUGUCGAGUUUAUUGCGUCCGGUGCUUGGGGCAAUUUCUUGGCCUACUGGAGUGUCAUGACGGGCGCUGUCUUCUCGUUUGCCGGUGUCGAGUCGCUCGCCAUGGCCGCUGCCGAAACGCGCAGCCCACAACGGGCCAUCCCGCGUGCCUGCAAGCGUGUCUUUGCGCGUAUUGCCGUCUUCUACGUGUUGGCCGUGCUGAUUGUCGGCAUGCUCGUGGCUAGCAACGACCCGCGCCUGGACGACCAGUCUGGCACCGCUGCCCAGAGCCCCUUUGUCAUUGCCGCGUCCGCGGCUGGUCUACCCGCCAUCCCGUCAGUCGUCAACGCCGUAGUCAUCACCUCCGCGUGGUCCUCCUCUAACCAGGCCCUGCUCUCGGGCACUCGCGUCCUCUACGGACUGGCCCUCAAGAAGCAAGCGCCGCGCAUUUUCCUCCGCACCACGAGCUGGGGUACACCUUACAUGGCUGUCGGCCUCUUCACACUCUUCAUGUUCCUCAGCUUCAUGACCCUCUCCGAGAGCGCGCUCAACGUCUUCUGGUGGCUGGUCGAUCUCACCGCAGCCGGUGUCCUCGUCAGCUGGAUCACCAUUUUCAUCAACCACCUGCGCCUGCGGAAAGCCUUCAGCGUCCAGGGAAUCCCGGCCAACCGCUUGCCAUGGUACAACUCGUGGACCGUUGCCAGCUCGUGGGUCGGCCUGGCCAUGUGUGUCCUGAUCUUGCUCACGGGCGGAUUUAAGGUCUUCACCAAGGGCAAUUGGGACCCCGCCAGUUUUGUCUCGGCUUAUCUUGUCAUCCCGCUUGUCCUUAUCGCCUAUCUCUUUUGGAAGCUCUACAAGCGCACCAAGAUUGUCAAUUUAGAGACCGUUCCUCUCGCUGAUGCACUUGAGCAGGUGGCCCAGUACGAAGAGGAGCCUGACACUAAGUACGGCAAAUGGAUUGUCUGGAUCAGCUGGAUUUGGGAUUGA